GUAUUGCAUUUCACUCUUUUAACACUCUUGUCUCUCUUGUUUUCUCCCAUCUUAUAUAAUUUGUAUAUUGUAUAUAACAAGAAGGGGAAAAAGAGGAAGAGAUCAUGAGUUAUUUGGGAGUCGGAGUGAGUCCUGGAAAUGUUGCAGUACAUCAUGGAAGUAAUUUGAAGGUGUUUGAUAGGAGAGUUAGGCUUGGAGAGUUGGUUUUGAGAUGUGUCAUUUGUAUUUUGGCUCUUGUUGCUGCUGUUCUUGUGGGUACUGAUACUCAAGUUAAAAAGAUCUUCUCCAUUGAGAAGAAAGCUCAAUUUACUGACAUGAAAGCUCUUGUAUUCUUGGUGGUAGCCAAUGGGUUAGCUGCAGCCUACUCAGUGGUGCAUGUGUUAAGGUGUAUAGUGAGCAUGGCCAGAGGAAGUGUCCUCUUCAACAAACCCUUGGCUUGGGCUAUUUUCUCUGGUGAUCAGAUGAUGACAUACCUGUGCUUAGCUGCAACUGCAUCGGCCACACAAGGAUCAUUGUUUGCGAAGCUAGGGGAGCCGGCAUUGCAGUGGAUGAAGAUCUGCAAUAUGUAUGGCAAAUUCUGUAACCAGAUCGGGGAAGGAAUUGCGAGCUCUGUGCUUGUAAGCCUUAGCAUGGUGGUGCUCUCCGCAAUUUCAGCUUUUAGUUUGUUUCGAUUGUAUGGAGAAAACAAGGUCAAGAACAAUGCAAGAUGGUAGAAUAUUGUGGCUCUUGAGCAGGAGACUGUUGGGAGAAAUCUAGUUACCCCUUGGCUUUAGAGUAGUAUGGCUAGAUGUGCAACUUUGGUCAUUCCUCAUCCAUAUGGGGGGCUUUGGAACUAAUCAUGAAAUAAGACUUUAUGUUUGGGUCUAUGGCGGUUGUGUUGAUGUUAAUAUGUUUUAUUUGCAUGUUUGGCAAGCAACUAAGCUUCUUUUAAAAUAAAAUGGGAAAUUUUACUUCUUGCUGA